AUGUCUCAAGCGUUACUGAUAAAGAAUGGAACGAUCGUUAACGAUGACGAGAUUUUGAAAGCGGAUGUGCUGGUGAAGAAUGGGAAAAUUGUGGAAAUUGGUCAGAAUCUGCACUCCGAGGGAGCUGUCUUGGUGGAGGCGGACGGUCGACUGGUGAUCCCUGGAGGCAUCGAUCCACACACUCACAUGCAGCUUCCAUUUAUGGGCGAGGUGGCCGUCGACGAUUUCUACACGGGAACUCGAGCCGCUCUAGCUGGAGGAACGACUAUGAUUAUCGAUUUCGUGAUUCCAAGCAAAGACUCGACUCCGCUAAAGGCUUACAAACAGUGGAGAGAUUGGGCUGAUCCUAAGGUUUGUUGCGAUUACGCUCUUUCGAUGGCGAUCACCACGUGGAAUGAAGAGGUUUCGAAAGAAAUGCAAAUGGUCACCAUGCCUGAAUAUGGAAUCAACUCCUUCAAAUUCUUCCUCGCCUACAAAGGCGUCUUCAUGGUGCAAGAUGACGAGUUCUAUCAAGGAAUGUUACAAUGUGCUAAAAUUGGUGCCUUGGCAAGGGUUCAUGCCGAGAAUGGGCCAGUGAUUGCAGAAAAAGCGAAAGCUUUGUUGGAUAUGGGAAUUACAGGACCCGAAGGGCACACACAGAGCAGGCCGGAAGAGCUAGAAGCGGAGGCCACAAACAGAGCCUGUGUGCUAGCCGGACAAGCGAAUUGUCCCCUCUAUGUUGUGCAUGUGAUGAGCAAAGGAGCCGCCCGCGCAAUUGCGCAUCAUCGACAAAAGGGAUCCGUUGUAUUCGGUGAGCCGAUCGCGGCUGGAUUGGGAACCGACGGGAGUCAUUAUUAUUCGGAGGACUGGUUGACUGCGGCUCGACACGUGAUGUCGCCUCCACUCAGCCGAGACCCGACCACCCCCGAAGCGCUCAUGAAAUUGCUGGCUUGCGGCGAACUCCAUCUGGUCGGCACAGACAAUUGCACUUUUAAUUGUCAACAAAAGCUCGCCGGUAAACACGACUUUACCAAGAUCCCGAAUGGAGUGAACGGAGUUGAGGAUCGGAUGUCGAUUGUUUGGGAGAGAGGAGUGCAUAGGGGAGUCAUGGAUCCAAUGAGAUUCGUUGCUGUUACGAGCUCGACUUGUGCAAAGAUUUUCAAUAUUUACCCGCGAAAGGGCAGAAUCGCUGUCGGAUCCGAUGCAGACAUUGUCAUUUGGAAUGCGAAAGCAACGAAAGUGAUCUCGAAGGAUCACCACCACCAAGCCGUCGACUACAACAUCUUCGAGGGUCAAGAAGUCCACGGAGUCGCUGAGAUGACUAUCUCUAGAGGAAAUAUUGUUUGGGAGGAUGGCCAACUAUCAGUGGAAGGAGGAGCGGGGAAAUUCGUUCACCUUCCCCCAUACUGUCCCUAUGUCUUUGCGGCUGUUCAACAAAGAGAGAAGGUUAUUCAACCAAGAGCCGUGAAAAGAGCCCCAGUUGAAGAGAUGGCAGCAGCCAAAAUUUCGGAAAUCCAAAACGGAACAAGAGCCAAAGUCCCUCCAGGUGGCGGCUCCAAAAUAAGCUUUGCA